AUGGGAUCAAGACUGCACCAUGACUGGUCAGAGUUGGCUCCGGAAUGUCUCCUAGACAUUUUCUCACGGCUGAGCAUGGGGCAACGAUGGAACGGACCAAUGCUGGUCUGCAAGACAUGGAUGAACUUAUGUCAAGACCCGUCCUUCAACACUGUCUUGGAUCUCGAAGCUGAGUUUCUGUCUUCCCCUGAGUCGUUUUACUGGUGGAGCCCCGAAUUCGAGGAAAAAGUGGACUCAACCAUCCGGUCUGCUGUCGACCAGAGCCAAGGCAGUCUGACGGAGGUUCGAGUCAGACAUUGUACGGAUAAAUCUCUCUCAUACGUCGCCGAGAGGUGCCCAAAUCUUGAGAUACUUUGGGUUAAAUAUUGCCCAAAGGUUACAGAUGUGUCGAUGAGAAAGAUAGCAUUAAACUGCCCUAAGCUUAAAGAACUUGAUGUAAGCUGCUCUUUUAAAAUAUGUUGUGCGUGUAUGAAAAUGGUGGGUACGAAUUGCAAAAAUCUUCAGAUUCUGAAACGGAACUCAAUGCAGCCUUCCGAGGUCAAGAGGUUAAGGCAUUGCACCUAUGUGCAGUAUCUAUCUUUCGAGUAUCAUGGGGACAUUGAAGCGGAUACGAUUGUUAGACACAUGAGUCAGUUGAAGCACCUGGAACUUCGACUAUUCUCCACAUUGACUGAUAGUGCAAUUGUCGAUCUUUGUGAAGGAUGUUCGAAUCUAGAGUACUUGGACUUGUUCGGGUGUGGGCGCUUGACUAGCAAAGGUGUUACUAAAGCUAUCUCAAAGUUGAAGAAUUUGAAGGUGAUCAAGAAACCAGAUUUUGAUGUUUUGGGUGAAGCUCUGGGAAUGGAUGUUGAAAUUGAUCUUGAAUGGUUAAAUAAGUUGUUUGAAGAAUACGAUGGUGUUGAACAUAAUGGAUGACGA